AUGGUAAAAUGCGUAGUUGGAGAAGUACAGCGUUUCGUAGCUACAAUCGAAAUGUUGGCUACUGUUAUACUAGUAUUAACAGAAUUGGGUAAUAUAGCGGCCAAUUUUUGGACGGCCAAUGUUUUUGCUGGUUUCUGGUGUGCUUUAGUAAUGAUAUUUCAUUUCAUUGGACUUUAUGUUACUGCUUGUUGUUCACCCAGUUCAUCGGCAGCUACUCGAGCAUUUGUUAUAACAAUUAUAAGUUUGUUGGCUACGGCUCUCUUAAUAUCAUUUGAUGCUGUCUUCAUUGCUCUACCGUCCACAUGCAUCUUAACAUCAUCAUGUGUAUCAAAUUCAGCUCAAACAAGUGGUUGGAGUUAUACAUUAUCAUCCUCAUUCUUGACAACAUUUAAAACAUUGAGUCCAUUUACAAAUUAUACAUCAACAAGUGCAAAAUAUUUAUUUCAAACUAUUCAAUUAGGUGUGGGUUGUUUAUGUUUCGUAUUGAGUGUGAUUUAUGUCAUUCUCUACCUUAUCUAUAAAUCAAAAGCAAAAAAAUCGAUUUAUCCUCAAACACAACCACCUGCUAUGUAUCAACAACAACAACAGUUCAAUCCAAAUUUUAAUCCUCAAGGAAUUCGACGUGGACCACCACCGCGUAAUCCUCAAGCAUAUCCAGGAGAAAUAGAAUGGAGUUAA